ACACGAGAGCCGCCAAUAAAUACACAUAGAAGCAGCUACUAUCAGCUCGCCACUGAGCUCUAGCUAAUAAGCCAUCCUCGAUCGUUUAUCUUCCUCUUCCCUCUUCCAAUCCCAGCCUCGACGCCAGCCAUGGCGGGCAAGAUCAAGACGGUGGUGGUGCUGGUCCAGGAGAACCGCUCCUUCGACCACAUGCUGGGGUGGAUGAAGUCGUUGAACCCGGAGAUCGACGGCGUGACGGGCGCCGAGUUCAACCGCGCCACCGCCGGCGACCCCUCCUCCCCGGCGAUCCACUUCGGCGACGGCUCCGGGUACGUGGACCCCGACCCGGGCCACUCGUUCCAGGCCAUCUACGAGCAGGUGUACGGCGACGCCUACACGUGGGGGACCACCUCGCCGGCGACGAAGCCGGGGGUGCCCUCGCCGCCGAUGAGCGGGUUCGCGCAGGAGGCGGAGAAGGAGCGCGCCGGCAUGUCGAGCACGGUGAUGAACGGGUUCCGGCCGGAGAAGGUGCCGGUGUACCGGGAGCUGGUGCGGGAGUUCGCCGUGUGCGACCGGUGGUUCGCGUCGGUGCCGACGUCGACGCAGCCGAACCGGAUGUUCGUCCACUCGGCGACGUCGCACGGCCUCGUCAGCAACGACGGCAAGCAGCUCCGCGCCGGCCUGCCGCAGCGCACCAUCUUCGACGCCCUCCACGACGCCGGCCACUCCUUCGGCGUCUACUACCAGUUCCCUCCCUCCGUGCUCUUCUACAGGAACAUGAGGCAACUCAAGUACGUGGGCAACUUCCACCCCUACGACACCGCCUUCAAGCGCGACUGCAAGGCCGGCAAGCUCCCAAACUACGUCGUCAUCGAGCAGCGCUACUUCGACCUCAAGCUCCUCCCGGGCAACGACGACCACCCUUCCCACGACGUCGCCCAUGGCCAGCGCCUCGUCAAGGACGUCUACGAGGCGCUCCGCUCGAGCCCCCAGUGGCACGAGAUCCUCUUCGUCAUCACCUACGACGAGCACGGCGGCUUCUUCGACCACGUCCCCACCCCGGUCGCCGGCGUCCCUUCCCCCGACGGCAUCGUCAGCGCCGCCCCCGUGUCGUUCGCCUUCGACCGCCUCGGCGUCCGCGUCCCGACGCUGCUCGUCUCGCCGUGGAUCGAGCCGGGCACCGUGGUGCACGACCCGGCGUCGUGCGGCGGCGCGCCGGAGCCGACGUCGCAGUUCGAGCACUCGUCGAUCCCGGCGACGGUGAAGAGGAUAUUUGGGUUGAAGGAGUUCCUGACGAGGCGCGACGCGUGGGCGGGCACGUUCGACACGGUGCUGACGCGGGCGGCGCCGAGGGAGGACUGCCCCGCCACGCUGCCGGAGCCGCCGCGGCUGCGGGCGGCGGAGGCGGAGGAGCACCGGGAGGUGUCGGAGUUCCAGGCCGAGCUGGUGCAGCUCGGCGCCGCGCUGAACGGCGACCACGACGGGGAAGGGUACGACCCCGAGGUGUUCGUCCGCGGGAUGACCGUCGCCGGCGCCGCCCAGUACUGCCGCGACGCGUUCGACCGGUUCCGGGAGGAGUGCCACCGGUGCCGCGACGGCGGCAUGGACGGGUCCCACGUCCCGAUGCUGCAGCCGGCUUCGGCUUCUGCUUCGUCUUCCGCUCCGGCGGCUGACCCGCCGGCCACGGCGCCGGCACCGGCGACGCCGUCGGCUCUGUCCAAGCUGUGCGGUUGCUUCCCAUGCUUCAAUGCGUCGUAGGAUCGAGAGCAUCCAUGAAUUGCAAAUGCAACUUUGUAAGUGUUUGUUUCAUACUUUUCAUUACUCCAGAAGAUGAUUGAUUAAUGAUUGCUGUUGAUUCAUUAAGGAAAGAUUGGGUUUAAUUAAACUUGUAAUUAUGAUCAUGUUGAUGUUGUUUGUAAUUGUUACUAUUUGUUUGAGCAAUAAAAGUGACUGCUAAUAAAGUGUGAAAAAAAGGCA